UAAUAGGAGGUGAAAGAGUUGAGCUGAGCUUUGUGUUGAGGGAGAGUAAGCCCCCACCGUGCACCCGUGGUGCAGGGGCUGCCUGACCUGGCUGUGUGUAUAGGUACAGGAGGUUCCCCUUAAACAUCAAGAAACCCUUUUUCACUGAAAAUUCACAUGAUAGGGAGAGAAAGCCACCUGCCAGGUCCUUGUGACUGAACAGAAACCAACCAUGCCUCUUCCAGAAACCAUGUUUUGUGCUCAGCAGAUCAAAAUCCCCCCAGAGCUACCUGACAUUCUGAAGCAAUUUACUAAAGCUGCUAUUAGGACUCAACCUCGUGAUGUUCUGCAGUGGGCAGCUGCGUAUUUUUCAGCCUUGUCAAAGGGGGAGCCCCUUCCUGUGAAGGAGAGGAUUGAAAUGCCUUCAGCAACAGGAGAAACAGGUGGUAGUUUGACUCCUGGACUCCUCAAAGUCUUGCACAAAAAGCUUUCUCCCAAAGGCAUGGUGACUGUUGCAGAACUAAAGGAAAAAUGGAAGCACUUGUGUUUGCCAGAAGAGCAGCUGAAAGCUAUCCUGCAACUGGACAAUUUUGGCGAGGAGGUAGAAUGGAUGAAGAUUCUGGCACUUGGGUGCAGCGUGCUUGGUGGGUCCUUACUGAGUUCAAUGAAACAUGCCUGCGAAAUCUUAACAAGUGAGCCAGAAGGUGGAGCAGCUCCAAUUCCCUUUGAAACAUUCUCCUUCCUUUAUUUGUAUUUGGCCAGUAUUGACGGAGAGAUACCAAAAGAUGAAACUGAAACAUUCCUCCAAAAAAUUAAAGAAGAAGCGGACAAACAAUCUGGCAUGGUGCUGAUCAGACACUUUCUGCCACCGACCUUCAUAUUUUAUUAAUCAACCCUUCUCUUCAGCAUGAGGUGAGAGGGAA